UAGGCGAGAGCAUUAUGUGAAGCUAUGAGAGAGUAUUUUGCGCGCAAUUGAGGUGCAUUAAGUCGAAAUCGCGGCAGUUGUUGGUCUGACGUCGAAGUGACUAGUCGGAUUUAUUCCAUAUAGUAGUCGGAAUUGCGUUAGUGACUCUCGUGUGCAGUGAAUAGAAGAAACACGCGAAAUUAUCUCUGGAGUUUUCCACGGUAUAUUUCCUAUAUAUCCAUAGAUUCGUUGCAGAUGGUUAUAGAUAUUUUCCGCCCAAACCUCAGUGUCACCCGCAACGUGGACUCAAUUUCAUUUCCGCCAAUUAUCCAAUUGUCACUGAUGAGUUUCGCGACCUCGUGGUGAAUACCAAAGUGAAUUUUUGUGUGGAACUGUACCAAAGAUUUAUCAAGCACUUUAUUGCUAUUUUGGGGUGAGACUACGUAAUCUAUUGUGGCUGAUAAGUUUGAUGACACCGUGGAGGAACUUUUUGCUGGAGGAAAAAGUGUGGAAAAUUUCAAGUGUUGAAAAAGUGAUAAGAAAAUUUGCUGAACUGGAAAGGAAAUUCAGCAUGAAAAUGAUUUUUUGUGUAUAUUGAGAAAGACUGACAGCAAAAAAUAUUCAACAAUGAAUUUUUGGAUUGUUCUUUUAGUGGCUAUUUUCACAACAGAUGGCGCUUCAGGCGUUAAAAUCAAGGAAUUGCGUGUGCCUCGCACUUAUAUCAUGGAUGAACAAGCAGAUCCCAUGAGAAAUCCCCUCAUCUUAGACUGUGAGUACGAGGUAGAACCCGGAGAGUCAGGCUUUGUGCUAAAAUGGCUAAAAGGGGACCAGCCGGUCUAUCAGUGGAUUCCAGGCUCCAAGCCCUAUCCAAUUUCAUUCUUUCGCGGACGUGUAGAUACGAAAUACGAAGCAUCGAAACAUGCAAUUUCUAAGCAUCGAGCUGUGUCCAUAGUAAGGCCAACAUGGAAUAUGACAGGAGACUACACAUGCUCCGUGCAGACAUUUCAGUCUCAGGAUAGAAGAACAGCAAGUUUACUGAUAGUUGUACCCGACAAGGACUUUCAGUUGAGCUACAACUGCUGUGAUGAAGAAAAUGCUAUAGUAGUCCAAUGUUCUACAUACAAUGUCUAUCCAGAGCCAUCGUUAACCCUUACGGUGGACGAUAUGCUUGUGGACAGUGGUACGGAAAAGAAGAGACGAAAGGAGGAUGGAAUGUAUGAAUCAAUUCUCACCUGGCGAGUGCCUCGUGUGCAGGUGGAUCCUCCAGUUACCUUCAAUUGUGCCCUUUCAAUUCCAGGGACAAAUUACACAGCUAGACGAGAAACUAUCUACUACACUGGAUCGGGGACAUCAUCUGUUGAUGUGAUCAUGUUGAGGAUAAGCUGGAGCGUCCUAGUUGUCAUGGCUCUCUUAAUUAAUCAUCUUCUUGGGAAGCGUCGACUUCUGUAGACGACAUCGAGAAUGCUUUAGUGGCAUUUUGGAGGAGUGCAACAAUGGACACCCAGGAAAAAUAAUCUCAUCUUCCACCUCGACUCACUCACUCACUAUAUAAUUCUUUCCAUCCUUGAGGUUUGUACUGGAGUGGAGACGAGUACCACCCCACCACCCACUUUAGACACUUAUAGAACAGUCAAAAGACGACGGAGAAGAGUAAGUUUAAGUAAUAAAUGUUAUUAUAAAAAAAGGAAAAGAGAGUGAUUAAACUAAAGUGUUACUAUGUGUAAAUAGCUAACUAACUGACCAAAAAGACAAUUGGAGAAAAUGAGUUGAAAAA